AAUGAAAUUCAAAAUGUAUAAAUGUACUCGUUUAGACCAAUCAAAUCUGUCCUGUGGUCACGCAACACAAACAUGUCUGCACCGCUGGCAAGAAAAGCGCGAUGAAUGUGUUUCCCUAAAAUCUAAUCUAAAUUCGUAUAUCGACUUUACAGGUAGCUAUUUACAUUCCGUCAACUUUUCUUUAAAGGUGUGAACCCCUUCUUCUGGCAUUGAAGUCACGAAUACUUUGUUGAAAGAUGUCGUCUGGAACCGCUUUGGUUUAUGAUGAGGAGAUGACUCGCUACAAACUGCUAUGGGUUGACCCGGCUUGUAAAAUUGAGGUCCCUGAGCGUCUGACCGUCAGUCACACAGCUCUGCAGGAGGAGGGUCUGGCUGAGCGCUGUGUCUCUGUGCCUAUACGCCAGGCCACCGACACAGAGAUCCUACUGGCUCACAGUGAGGAGUACCUGGAGGCAGUAAAGAAGACCCCACACAUGAGCCUUGAUGAGCUGAGGACCUUCACCCAGCAGUAUGGGGAUGUCUACUUCCACCCGAACAUCUACCAUUGUGCCAAGUUGGCCAUCGGGGCAGCUCUCCAGCUGGUGGACAGUGUGAUGACGGGGAAAGUGAGGAACGGCAUGGCCUUGGUCAGACCCCCAGGACACCACAGUCAGCGCAGUGCUGCCAACGGCUUCUGUGUGUUCAACAACGUGGCCAUCGCUGCCCACUAUGCCAAGAAACAGUACGAUGUCAAGAGGGUAUUGAUAGUGGACUGGGACGUGCAUCACGGACAGGGGGUGCAGUUCGCUUUUGAGGAUGACCCAAGUGUGCUGUACUUUUCCUGGCACCGCUAUGAGCACCAAGGCUUCUGGCCCAACCUGAGGGAAUCCGACUAUGACAGUGUGGGCAAGGAGAAGGGUGCCGGCUUCAACAUCAACGUACCCUGGAACAAGGUGGGGAUGGAGAACAGUGAUUACCUUUCUGUCUUCUUCCAUGUUCUCCUACCCAUCGCAUAUGAGUUCAGCCCAGAUUUGGUCUUUGUGUGUGCUGGCUUUGACUCUGCCAUUGGAGACCCAGAGGGUCACAUGUGUGCCACCCCAGACAUCUUUGCCCACCUGACCCACCUCCUGAAGUCCCUGGCUGGGGGGAAACUGUGUGCUGUCCUGGAGGGAGGGUACAACUUGACCUCACUGGCCCAAUCAGUGUGCCAGACCGUCCAGACCUUACUCGGAGAUCCCGCCCCCCAAACGUCAGAACUGAACGGCCCGUGUGAAAGUGCUCUGGAGUCCAUUCAGUGUGUGAGAUCAGCUCACAAGCCCUACUGGGCCUGCCUCAAACACACAGUUGCCCCACCCGUGUCUGAGCCCAGCACUAAACGCUGUAAGCUGGCAGAGAAGGAAGAGGGGGGAUGGUCAAAAGCGGAGGAAGAGGAGGUGGUGUGGAUGAAGCCUCCGUCCCGGUUGGCUCCUCCGGUCCACACUGAAGUGGCACUCCCUGCUGACCUGGAGGUCCCUGACAGAUGUGACCGUGUGAGGUCAUCACUGGCCCCAACUCUUGAGAUACUGCAAAGACUAAGGGAUAACUUUUUUGAAGGAUCGGCAGAGGAGGAUGCUCUCAUGUCUCUCUGCAGCGUCAUCGCGCUCUUUGAAAAGAUGAAGAAACAAGAGAUUCGUAACGGUCUGGCGCUGGUGCCUGAUGUCUCCGUGGCGAUGCUGUGUGCCGCGCAGCAUGCUCGGAUGUCUCUCACCAACCGGUUAUUGCUGGUGUACCUGGGCGAUGGGGAGAUCCCGACGUACGUCACUGAGGACGGGAAAGCACUAGUGGUGCAGAUCAGCAGUAAGGAGCCAGAGGAGCAGAAGUCCAGAUAUCAGGUUUCUGUGUCUCUGUUAAAGGGCUGCAGUGAUGUGGCAGGGUUGAUGCAGGCUGUGCUGUGCCUGCUCCUGCCUCUGGCCUAUGAGUAUGACCCUGGGCUGGUGCUGCUGGUGCGGGGGCCAGGCAGUGGGGUGGGGAAGGCAGCCUGGGCACAGAUCACCAGCCUACUCCAGGGCCUGGCACAGGGCCACACACUUGCCCUUUUACAGGAGGGUGAGGAGGAGGCUGUAGGGACCACGGCAGCCUCUCUGCUGGGGGACCCUGCUCCCUCUCUGGGGCCCCUGGGGGCCCCUCUCCCUGAGGACAUGGUGGCCAUGGAGAGACUGAGACAGAGGCUGCAGACACACUGGGGACUUCUGCAGAAUGCAGCUGCAAAGGGGAAAGAAGUCGAGGGAAAAGGACAGAACCAGGACUGAAGUCAUCUCCACACCAAUGGGGUUUGUGACCAAGGGAGAAAAUCCAUCUCCCAGGCAUCCAUUUUUAUACUGUUUGUAAUUUUGGUGAUUAAAAACAAUUAAACUAUC